AUGGAUACUAAAGACCAGGAAGUCAGAGAUCCAAGCACGAACAGCAAGGGAGCAUGGUCCGAGGAGAAUGUUGGGGCCAAAGAUUCCGGAUACGUUGUCGGAGCGGAGAUCGACGACCCGGACGCUGGCCUCAGCGAGGAGGAGAGGGCAGAAAACGACAGGAAAUUGCUCCGAAAGAUUGAUAUGAAGCUCAUUCCCUGGCUCUGUCUGCUUUAUCUCGUCAGCUUUUUGGAUCGAACAAAUAUCGGAAAUGCGAAAAUAGAUGGAUUGCAGGAUGACCUCCGCUUGACAGACGGUCAAUACAAUGCCACGCUGACUAUUUUCUUUGUAUCCUACUCCGUGCUAGAGCCUGUCACCAACGUUUUGCUCAAGAAGAUGCGACCAAGCUUCUUCAUCCCCCUAAUUAUGUUCUUUUGGGGUACGUGUUUGACCUGUAUGGGACUGGUUACCAACUUCGCCGGUCUCAUGACAGCUCGAUGGUUUCUGGGAGUUACUGAAGCUGGGCUAUUCCCGGGCGUUGGAUACUUCCUCUCCUGUUGGUAUAGGCGAUGCGAAUUUGGUAUCCGCAUGGCCAUUUUCUUCUCCGCAGCAGCGUUUGCUGGGUCAUUCGGCGGCCUCCUUGCCGCCGCUAUAGCCAAGAUGGGUGGUGUUGGUGGAAGACCUGGCUGGGCAUGGAUUUUUAUCUUGGAAGGACUGGCCACUAUCCUUAUCGGAAUUGCUUCGUUUUGGAUGGUGCAAGACUUCCCAGAUGAAGCAACCUUCCUGUCCGUGGACGAUCGCAAGCGGGUGAUUCGUCGCCUAGCUGCAGACAAACAGUCCAGCGCUGAGCACGAGGAUUUCAAGAUGGAUUAUUUUUGGGCAAGCGUGAAGGACUGGAAGACAUACACCUCUGCCAUUAUCUAUAUGGGCUGCGACGGGGCUCUCUAUGCGUUCUCUCUGUUUGUCCCAACUAUUAUCAAUGAGCUAGUAAGGUACUCCGCCUCCAGAGCUCAACUUCUGAGCGUCCCACCAUACGCAGUUGCCGCUGUCCUAACGAUUACCGUGGGUUACAUUGCCGAUCGUACUCGCCAGCGUGGACUGUGCAAUAUAGCCGUUUCGGUGCUUGGCGUUGUAGGUUUCUCCAUGCUCCUAGGCUCUCAAAACCCGACUGUUAAGUAUGCUGGUACAUUCCUUGGAGCUAUGGGCAUCUACCCUGCCAUCUCAAAUACGAUUUCCUGGGCAAGUAAUAACACUGAAGGUGUGUACAAACGUGGGGUCACGCUUGGUUUCGUUAUUGGAUGGGGGAAUCUCCAGGGAUGCGUAACGUCGAACAUCUAUCGAGGGCAAGAUAGGCCGGAAUUUUACCCAGGGCACAGCACUGUCCUUGGAUAUCUACUUCUAUUCCAGCUGGGAGGGAGCGUUGUACAGUACCUCCUCCUCCGCAGGGAGAACAGGAAGCGGCGGUGUGGAGAGAGGGAUCAUUGGAUUCAAGGGCUUGAUGCAAAGCAAGUGGAGAUGAGAGGAGAUAUGCGGCCGGACUUCAUAUAUACACUCUAA